GAGAGAGAGAGAGAGAGAGAGAGAGAGGGACAGGGACUCGGGGUUGGGGAGAGACCGCGGUGUUGCAGUGAGCGCAGGGCGGAGAGAGGCGCGCUUUGUCCGGGCUGAGCUGUGUGUCUGCUCCCGCGGCGCCAUGGCGGCUCCGCUGGCUCAGUUCGAUGAGGACUGGCAGGACUUUAACGAGUUUAAAGCGGCCGGGGAGGAGCAGAGCUCCGCCGACAGGCUGGACCGGCUCAACUCGAACGUGGGCGAGCCGGGCCUGGAGGACUUCUCCGACCUGGACAACAGCUUCUCCGGGGAGAUCUGCAGCUUCAAGUCCAUGGAGGACCUGGUCCACGACUUCGACGAGAAGCUGACCGUGUGCUUCAGGAACUACAGCGCCACAACCGAGAACAUCGCGCCCGUGAAGCCCAUCACCGAGGAGAGCUUCCUGAAGGACGACGAAAUAUGGAAUGCUCUGACUGACAACUAUGGGAACGUAAUGCCGGUUGAUUGGAAGACGUCUCACACUCGUUCUCUGCACCUUCCUACACUCAAUCUCUGCCAGCAAACGAAGGUGGAUAAUAUGAAUCUGGAUCUGUCUGAUGAUGAGGAGCUUCGGGAGCAGAUGGAUCUGCACUCCAUUAUUGUCUCCUGUGUUAAUGAGGAGCCGCUGUUUACUGCUGAACAGGUGAUAGAAGAGAUUGAGGAGAUGAUGCAGGAGUCUCCAGACCCCGAGGCUGAAGAGAGUCCAUCCCAGUCUGACUUGUCGAUGCUCUCUCACGAGCUGCACACACUCUCCCACUCCACCUCCACCAGCAGCUAUGAAGAGCGUCUGCGUGGUUUGGGAGUGUGUGAGCUGGAGGAGCUGCUGGAGGAGGUGGAGAGGGAGAUUCGUCGUUAUUCAGAGGAGCUGAUUGAGCAGCUAGCUCUGAGGGAUGAGCUGGACUUUGAGAAGGAGGUGAAGAAUGGCUUUAUCUCCAUCCUUAUUGAUGUGCAGAAUAGACAGAAGGAGCACCGGGAGAUGAUGAAGAGGAGGAGAAAGGUGAAGAGUUCAUCCGGGACGCAGAGGAAUGAGCGCACGCACCUGCCUGGAACUCUCUUCAGUGUGGAAGGCCUUUCUUCUGUAAUUCAGAACAGUCUCCGCCAGACUUUUGGAGGUUCCGGAGGGGACAGACAGUAUUUGACCACAGUUAUUCCGUAUGAGAAGAAAAAUGGCGCCCCAUCAGUUGAGGAUCUGCAGAUCUUAACCAAGAUUUUACAUGCCAUGCGGGACGACAGUGAGAAGGUUCCCAGCCUCCUAACUGAUUACAUACUCAAAGCGCUGGUGUGAGGCAGUGAGAGGAGACGGAGUGCUGUGUCCCACAUAGACGUAGCAGCAGAACCUUCCUGAAGGAUCCGAUGUGGUUCUGGACUAGGGCGGUUCCUCUUCCUCUGUGGUUCUUCCUUCUCUUUAACACCAAACAAGAGAUUCCUCAUAGCUCUUUGUUUAUGUGUGUAACAGUGUUUUAAUGUUUAGGUAUGACGCUAGUUUUUUUGUUAGUUAGGCGUACUUGGUCUCGUCUUGUUUAGCUGAUAAACAGUAUUCUCCCUCUAAGAGAUGAGCAGCAGGAGCGUGCCGUGAUGCCUAGUUCUCUGCGUGAACGGGUUCUGUAUGAAGCUGCAUGCUGUGCAUGGGUUUCAUAAUGUUCAUGUUUGUUUAUCUGAAGUCCAACUUUCUGUUGGGCGACAUCUCUAAAAUCUCUAAAAAAGGAAAUAUCCAAACAGGAAAAUUCACACUAAACUCUCUCAUCACAUGUAGACAAGCAUGAUUUAGCGUAGGGUAGCCUAGCGUAGCUUUAACAUUUCUUAUAGUGUCAUGAAUAUUUCAAAGCAAUAUUUUCCAAUGCAGUCACUUUAAAGCAAUAGUUUAGUAAAAGCUCCUCCCCCAUGCAAGACCUGAUUGGUGUCUGAAAUAGUACUUUGCCCAUAAAUGCUAGUGUAGCUAUAUUAGCAUAGUAUGUAACAGCAGAGUUUAGACAUGCAGUUAGUACUAAGCUUAUUGACUUAUUAGAUUAGCUUACAUUAGCUGCAGAGCACCUUCAGACACUAAAAUUCUUAACUGUCCAACUAAAUUAAAAUUUUAUAUUUGCUGAACUAUCACUUUAAUGUUUUUAGUUUUAUAUGAAAGUGGUGAUGAGCAGGACUGUUUUGGUGUACAGAACAAACAUCUUAGCGAAAAGCUACUGAUGAUAUUUUGUAUUAGCCAAUGAAAUUUUCAGAGAUUUGUAGUUUUGAUAAUGUAAUUUGCAAACAAGUAAACAACAAAACGUUGAGGUGUCAGAGCCGGUAAUCAUAGCUGCAGUGUCUGUUAGCGGUUAGCAUAUCACUGUGUCCAGUGUGUCCUUCAUUUAUUAAACAAUUCCUGUUCAAUAAUGUUAAAAGUUAAGCUUCACUUCCACUCCAAACAACUAUGGCAGAUGUUUUCUGUCACUGUAGUGUAGUAGUGCUUUAAAAUAAAAAAGAAAUUGACUUUACAAUAAUUUCUAGAUGAUAAAAUGGAAAAAUUCUGGAUUUAAGCGAGAAAUCAUUGAUUUAAAAAAGGAUGCUGUGGGUGGUGUGGGAUAUAAGCGUAAAGCUGAAUUCCUGAGGUAGCCCUGCUGGCUAACACAAAUCCAGUUCCUGUCACACACAUACAGAAUGAUUUGAUUUGAUUUGUUUCUUUUCUUCAUAUUUUAGCUGUCUGGUAGUUAACGCUAUUGUAUGUCCAGAGGCUGGUAUGUCCACUGUAAAGAUCUUUACAGUGACGUUUUGGUUUGACUCACAGAAAAGCCAAAAUCUGGCUUAGCAAAUCUCGCUUAUAUGUUGCUAACAAUAGCUAUUUUUCCACUGAAAUUAUUGUUUUCAGUUUACAACCUGACCUAGACAUAAACAAACAAAAAUCAUAUCGUGUAUCAUUUCUGGUCUCUAUUUAGGACAUUCAUCUAAGAUAGAAAUGAGUGACGUGCAGAAGCUGCUAACUCCAGUGGCAGCUAAUGCUAACAUAGCUCUUGUGUUAGCUGUGAACAGCUCUAGCCAACUGUAUCCCUGCUACAAUUCAUCCAGAUAAAUUGUGGAAGUGGCAAAGACUGUUAUAUUUAAUGUUUUCUGUGUAGAACAAAGGAAAACUAUAAUUUUGCUGUAGUUCUUUGUAGUGGAAGUGAUUUAACAUAAGACAUCCCUCUCUAUGAGAAAGGUCAAUAGAUAAAUUUAGUUUGUUCAGGAAAAACACCAUAAAACCUUUUCUGAUUAGUCAAAAUUGAAGAAACCGUGUGUAGUUUUAUUUUGAAUCAGCAUUGAACAGAACAUAUUUAAUUUUUAUUAAUGACAUUCAGUUUGAGUUUAGGUUUUAAAGAAAUCACGAUCAAAUAAAUACAUUUAACAAUGAAUUGAUUUAAUAGAUUUUCAAGAUUGAUUGAUCUGAAGCUUUUUUUCAGAUCUGAGCUCAGAGAACAGAAAAAAAUAACAUUUCAGAUUUUGUUUCUUGAUUUAUGUUUUUUGUCUAUUGUUUUACUCUGUUUAAUUUGUCUUUUUUUAUGGUGUCAAAACUGGAUAGCAGCCGUUGAGAACAUGUUUUUUUUUAUAUAUAUGAUAUUCUGUGUAAUAACCAUGUUUUAAUUAAUAAUAUCAUGCUUGUUGCCCUAGUAACCCACACUGAUGGCUCCAAUGAGUCUGGUGUUUGUUUACAUUGUGUUAUAAUUAUGGUUUUGUUCAUAAUGGGCGAUUUUUACUGGGAGCUUGCAUAUGGUCAGUCAGCUCGUGUUAAGUCGUACGAGAACGGAGGGCGAUUGUGCAUGUGUUUGAGCCUACACGCGCACACACACACAAACACACGUGUGUUAGUUAUGCUGUGUGGAUUUUAAUUAGAAAGACUUGAAGGAAUAAAAAAAAAAAAAAAAAAAAAAAGAUUUUCUCAACCUAAUCUCAUUAUGCAUCUAUAGAGUACAGUUGCGUUUCACUCAAAACUAGUAAAAAAGUAUAAGAGAAUAGGCAGUUUUCUUUAAUCCUUUUCUAUUAUAAAUGCUUUUUAUGCAGGUUUUCUGUUCUUUCUGUUUACCAAUACAUAUGGGAGUUGUAAUAAUUGUACUUAUGGUUAAAAAAAUAGGAGUUUUGGUAUGUUCUGUUCUGGUACAGUAAUUAACUGUAUUAAUAGCUAAAAUAUCCAAUCAUACCCAAAGAGCUGUUGUUGCAGGACUCAGAUUAGGCGCAGUUUAAUCUUCACAUCACAGAGUACACUUUUACUGUAGUGACAGCCCUUUUUAGAUGCUGCCCAGUUUAAAUAUGUCCCCUGAACUAGAUUAUAUUGCCAAUAUUAAGUUUUGGUGGUAAUUUUAGCUUUCGUCUGUCUGUGUUUAUAUUGGUACUAUGCUUCGGUUUUGGCUGUGAGGAUUUCAUAAAGCAAACCAAGGUUAAACCUGUUGAAUUGGAGAUGCAGGUUUGUGUUACAGUGUGCUAUAAAUAGAAUAUUGUUGUUAUUGAUAUUAUUUAACACAGUGCACUCCAAUUGGACAGUUCUGACUUUGGACAUGAAUUAACCAGCUAAAGUACUUUGUGAAAUACCUUCCAGGUGUUAACAGGUACAGAGCACCCUAUACUCAGGUACUAACUCCCUACAUGCUUAAACUAUGCUUGUUAAAAAUAUAAUUACCGUACUUUAUACAUGCAAACAAAGCAGUUAGUGAAUGGAAGUCAUGAUGCUAAUCUGUGACUUUUCACUUUCAUUCACUGUUGGCAACAUUUAUUAUUAUUAAAGGCACUAUUCCUUUAAGUCUAAGUCUACAUAAACAUGCUCCAAAGCCUAGGAAUAGGCAAGUCUUCUUAUAUAAUCAAAGCACAAGCAUUAUCCUUUAAGUACCAUUCAGCUGUGAAUGCACACACAUUGCGGCAGCACUGUAAAGAGCUAAUUAUCAGUAAACGUUCAGUCGUGUUUGAGUUCUCUGUACAGGAUAAGUGAAGUGACCCCUCCAGCUCUUUUAUGCAUUAAUUUAGGGUCUGUUUUUAUGACUCUAAUCCUCCAUAUGCUAGCCCAGCCAUGCUACUUCAUCUAUCCAGACCUCAGGCAUUAAUUCGACAGUUUGGUGUGAAAACACACACUUAAUGUAACUGUGGAGCUGUGAAAGGAACAUUUCAGUGAAAACCAAAGUAACAUGAUGAAAUUCAAAAUCAGUUCCAUUUUUGGGCUGUUUGAGGCAACAUUUGAAAAUGGGUAACUAAAUGUAAAACUCUCCAUUUGGUGUAAGUGUGGAAGAAAUGGAUUUUCAUCCGAAUCUUCAAUGAUUCUCUUAAUUUGUAUUUUUGCAUCUUUUAAUGAGUGUAGGUUGGAUUAUACUAUCAAAUUGUGGAAGAAAACCUGAGAAUUUUUCAUUCAGAUUGUGAGGCGCAGAAAUAAAAAACUAGAAAAUUUGAAGAAUUGAUGAAAACCCAUUUCUUCUCUACUAUACUAAAUGAGAAUAAGUGACAUGAGGUUUUACACCAAAUAUAAUUUCUUCUAUUUUCUAAUUAAGCUUGAUACUGUAUAAAAACGUAACUGAUAACUGUUACACUGACCAUGGAUCACUGGCCCCAGAUACUGUAGCUAAAUGGGCAAAGACAGGUUUAUUAUCAGGUAGCUUUUUUAGCUUACAACAUGAGAUAUUAGGCAAAUAAUUCUAUUAAACAUUAGACUAGAAUGCCACCGAUCUCAUCUCUGAAUUGAAAAUCAUUUUUUGCAUUAAGCUUGUUUUUGUGUGUUUACAGGAACUAAAUACGUGGCAUUCUUAAGUUCAGUGUUUAUUAGCGGUGUUAGCCUAGCUUCUCCCAGUCAAACAUCUUGGCACUAAACCUAUCAGUCCUGUUUGUUGCGUGUCUGAAAUGUAAAGUAGAUAUUUGGCCAAACUGUCGCUUAAAGGUUUCUAGGGUUUGGAGUGAAAAGCGCAGUGCUGGUAAGUGGCUGUGUGUCCUAAAGCUUUAAUAUCACUGGCUUUUAGGAGCAGCACUGCUAGCUGGAGUAUCUGCAGUAAAACUGUGCAGUUGGUUAGUAAACCCAGUCAAAGCAGAACACAUUCAAAUUACAGUCAUGAUUUUCCUUAAUUGCGUACUCUGGAAGUUUACCUGUUCUCUGUUCUAGAGUAGCAUUACUAGUUAGCAUUAGCGGUUAGCAGUAACGGUACAGAGCUGUGUUUGUGUGUAGCAGCUUUGUGUUUAAGAUCUAUAUUUUGGCAUGUCUAGGGUUAAGAGUAUAAAUUGUCUGUGAAUAGGUGUGUAUACUGUUUUUUGUUUUUUUUUCUUUCUUAGUUUAUUUUCCACAACAGCGUUUUUGUAAUGUGUGGAACUCCCGUCUCUCCUGAGCUGCAUGCACUUUUAGUUUUCUCUUUGUCUUCUAUGAGACUUAAGUUAAAUGGGGUGAAAUAUUGAAAGGGAAGGUGCAGUAAAGCACUACAUUAGCCAGUAAGGAACUACACCUCCCGUGAUGUUUUGCAGAGUGCCGAGUUGAACUUUGUCGUUAUGAUAUGGGGCACUUGUCCUCUCCAGGCUCCACAUACUAGUAGUGUCCUUCUCUAGGUAUUGUCAUAUUAAGCUGUAAUAUUUGUCCCCUUUUACCCCUUUUGCUCACAAGACUGAAUAUUAAUAACACACUCUAAAGCUAUGUUCACACAACAGGUAAAUCGUUUUAAUCUCAUGUCAGACAACAAACUGAGUCUAAAUUUCAGGCUGGACCACUUUUGUAUGUAGUACUGAAAAUUGAUUCACAUCUGAUUUGUAGCAAUGUAGGUCAGAAAAGCCAGAAUUCAGAAUAAAUGCGACCUUUAUGACCGAGAGAAGGGAAAGAAUGUCGUUGGGAGAAGGAAAAAUGGAUAGUAGCAAUUGAAGGUUUCAUGGGUGAGCUAAGUAAAAAUGUUUGGGCUCAGUUCAAAAAAAAUUUGAAGACAUGGGUUGGAAUUGUCUAAAGAAAUGUUCCAUUUCAAAGAACCACAGCCAGCGAGCUGAACACAUUCCUGUCAGCCACCGGAACUCCUGGAUAGCUAAUGUGCUGCUGGUGAAGAUGAAACUGAAACUUCUUGUGAAGCGUUGCUCUUUUGAGCGUGUGCAACAUCUUAGGAGUGUAAAGUGUUCAAAGAGAUAUGGGUCUAAUUUGUGUCACAUUAAAAACAUACUGGAGAAACAGCCUAAAAUAAACAUUUAAUUUAAGACCGUUUUACCUGCGGUGUGAACAUAGCUUAAAUUUCUCUCUUUAAGGGUGAAUAUUAACACACACUAUUUAAGUGUAGGUAUUUUUUUAUAUAAACUGAGAUGUGUGUUUCAGUCUCUCAUUAGGGCUCAUUGGGAGUUUUACUAUCAUUCUAUAAUCUUGUCCUGCCUGGCUACAGUAUCUACAGAAGAACACGUUUGUGGGUGGAGCCUGAAUAGGUCAGUUGUGGAGCAGGCCGGGGUUUUGAGACCCUGAAAAUUGAAACAUAUCAGCACUGAGCGCCACUUCAGGGUCCUCACGCUAACGACUAGAGAUUUAUAUUUAUAUGGAAAAACAAGCAACAAUGAAAGGCUGCCUUUAUAACUGCCUGAAAAUUUUGUACAUAAACAACUUAUUUUUAAUGCAGCAUUCUCUAAUGUUUUUUUUUCUUAUCUUAAUCCAAUGACAGUUAAUUUAUUCAUGUUUAAGUUCAUGUUUUUUAUCCAUCUCAUGGUCUGCAGUGCUACAAAUAAUUUUGUGCCUGUGUGCAUCACGGUACAUUUGAAAUAAAUUCUGACAUCAUGCUAAA